UGUCCGCCUGAAACAGUGAAAUAUUCGAUCGGAAGAACAAAGUACGUUUAAUUGGCCGUUGUACCUUACAAGAUUAGAACGAUUCCUUUUGCUAGCUGUUCGAAAAACAUGGAUGCGGUUUUGAACGAGUACGAACACUUGUUGACGACUCCGACGAGUCAAACGUUCAAGCAUCAAAGAUCUCAGAGCAACUCGCUGUCGCCGAGAUUAUACGCAUCGUCGCCUUGCAGCAACGCGGCGUAUGCUCAUUAUCAUUCGCGGAAAAGGCAACCGAGCAGUCAUCGACGUCAAUGUAGGAACGAGCAGGAACAAGUGCUUUCAAUUAUGAAGAACACGCUACAUUCCGGUGGCAACGAUCACGAGAGUUUUUAUUGCGAAUAUCCACGGUCUAUGAAGAACAGCUAUAAGAAAGAGGGCUACUGUAUGAAGAACGGUGAUCAGGCAAUGACAGGAAUUAUGAAGACCAUAGACGUGGACAGCGAGACGAUGGAACAGUAUAUGCGACACAAAAAGGAGCGCAUUUUGAAGUCAGAAUCACGAACAAGAGAGAGACACCACGUUGAUAAAGUGAAUAGGAUAAACGCGGAUGAAAGAUACGACUUAGGAGGACAUAAAGACGACGGCUGGUUAUACACUAAGGGUAAAUUGAGAUUCAAUUUAUCCAAGCACGAGAAUGAAAAUAAAAUAGAGGAGGAAGGUUUGGCUGAGGAUCGGAACCUACAGGGGAACAACAGAUCUAGCGUGCAACCGAAUAAACUUUCUAUCCUAAAAGGCAGCAGUUCGCAGACUUCGUCGAAAAAUAAAAACGUCGAAGAUGCGUCCAAGCAUAAAAUUCCGACAGUCGACGCGAACGGUUAUUCGAAAGAGGCAGAUUUGUCAAAAGGAGCCGAGAUUUGUAAACCGUGCCAGCGAACCGUUGUUCAACAGAAUUCUCCUCGCAGCCCUGGCAAAGAAUCGACCAGUAACUCUGAAGAAAGUAGAGACGAAAGCUCGUGUUGCGAAUUAGUUAAGGAGGAAGACGAAGAAUCUCCUUCUAGGAAGAGUAUUUACGCAGGUGGAGAUCUCGAUCUCGAUCUUGAUCUUCGUGCGACUAAAAGUUAUAUCGUUGAUCUAAUCGAUCGGGUUCUUAGCAAGAAAUUCGCCAUCUCGCCGGGUCAGCAAAAGAACAUAGAAUCGAAUCGAGAAUUAACGGAACAAGGAUUCUCCAUAGAAAUAAUACGUGCGUUGCGUGAUGACUGUUGCGAGAUAUUUGCAAAGGAUCUGUCCAGCCAUCACGAAACAUCGGCUGAAUGUAUAAAACGCUUGAAAACCCUUCGAUCGAAACACAUGCAACACAUUCAGGACGAGUUUAAAAAGCUGUGUGAUCUUCAAAAGUUUCUAGACGAGUAUUCACCGAGGCAGUCGUUACCCUCGUUUCAUUCUCUUUCGGGUGCGAUCGAACAGAGGGUGGAGGAACGACAGCAGCAGCAAGCGCAACAGCAACAACAACACGAAGAGAAACAGAAUUUGGGUACGAUAUCGUGAAGAUUUCAAGGGUCGAUUUAAUGGCAUUAAAUUUUCACGAUUAAAUAGCUCUCUAUUAUCGAAGAGAUGCAUUUCUAUUCAGCAUUAGAUAUAACGCAACGAAAGAAAUAGAUUUUUAGUUUACUACUAGUACUGUAUAUCGUCUAUUUUUUUACCGAAUUAUUCGCGUUUGAAAGAACAUAAGAUUUUAUUAAUAAAACGCAGAUGAAUAAAAUAAAAUAAAUAUAUUUCGAUAUAUAAAGAAAUAAAUACUUUUAGAGCGUUGGAACGUUACAAACUUAA